AUGCCUCCCAAGAAGAAGGUCGCAGACGACGGUGCUGAGGCUGGCAGCGAUACCCUUUUGGUUCUGACCAUGGGACGCACGCUCACCACGGACGACUACCACAAGCUCGCUGAAGACGCCCUGCCGUCCGGUACCAACUGGAACGCCGUUCGUCAGCGUGUCUCCAAGAUGCGUGUAGAGCAGCGCAAGCGUUUCGAGGAGUUGGGUUGGGCUCUUCCAGAUGGUGCCGCUAAGACUCCCACCAAGACCCCUACGAAAUCCCCCAGGAAGCGAGCUGCUGCGGGCAACAAGGGCGGAGUAGAUGGUGAUGCUGAGGCAGAGUCACCUACCAAGAAGCCGCGUGCCAGGAAGCCCAAGAAGGAGAUUGAUGAAGAAGAAAACCCUUUCGAUGAGGAGACAGAAGAUGCUGGUGUCAAGGAGAAGAUGCUUGAAGAAGGUGUUUAG